AUGGGCUGGUUCUGGGCCGACGCACCCAAAGUCAGCGCACUUCCUACAGCGCAACCAUCCGCCGCCGCUCCUCCGCCAGGAUGUCCGAUGCAUAAGGCAGACAACGGAAACCCUACACCCUUUCCACCACAGCUCGAUCCCUCAACGUCAACACCUUCAUCAUGCCCAGUCAAGUCUCCGAACCACCCGCUGCGACAUCAACCGGCAGAAUCACCGAGUCAGACUCGAUCGCCUGAGCAAAGACCUCCGCCAUCGACCUCUUCAACACUAUCCAAGCUCAAUCCCUUGAAUUACAUGCCCUCUCUGUCUAAUAGUCGCCCGGAAGACUCCCCUCAAUCAAUACAUUUGCCUCUUGACCGGGAACUGUCCUCGAUUCCGCGCAGUGAUUCGCAGUCGAACUGGGAGUAUCCCUCCCCACAGCAGAUGUACAACGCAAUGCUGCGCAAAGGCUACACCGACACCCCCGCAGAACACGUCGAAGCAAUGGUCGCCGUGCACAAUUUCUUAAACGAGGGAGCGUGGGCAGAGAUCGAGGAGUGGGAGCGGAUCUUCGGCAGAGGCUUAUGGAAGGGGUGGGAGACAUGUUUGCGGGGCGAACAGGCCAUUACUCUCGAUCGGGCGAGGCAGGAAUACGCCGCUCAACGACGAUUAGCCCUUGGGUUAAAUCCGGACUCUCUGGAGGACGAGUCGAAACCAACACUUAUCCGCUUCCAAGGCCGUCCCAAAGAACCUUCGCCCAAGGCUCGAAUCCUACAGAUGCUUGGCAAAGUCUUCCCGGACCAUUUCUCCCAGGAACCUCCCUUUGACCGACAUGACUGGUACAUCUCGCGGAAGCUCCCCAACGGGUCGACGAAAGAGGUGCGCUAUGUUAUAGACUAUUACGGAGGGGGUGUCGAACAGGAAACAGGCCAACCCGUCUUCUACUUGGAUAUUCGACCCGCGUUGGAUACACCGACGGCGGCUGUGGAGAGGGCGAUGAGAUGGGGAGGGGACGUGUGGCAUCGAGCAUCAGGGGGAGCGGCAAGGGAGGCCACAGCACGAACAAAGGAGAAUUGA